AUGUCCAAAAAUACUUCUGAAGACAGUAUUAUUACAAGUGUGCCAAGAUCUGAAAUCGAACAAAAACUGGAUUUUUACAGGAAAAAAGCUGCAGUACCAAAUACAGUAAAGGCUAUUCAAACUUGGACAAAGAAGUUUAAUGAAUUUCGGCAUCAUUAUAAUUAUAUUACACCAAUUGAAACUAUUGAAGAUCCUCAUUUAAUUGAAUAUAUUAGCAAAACUAGUGCAAUUCAUAGUCUUAAUUUACAUGACAAGUAUCAAUUUCCAGAUUUACAUAAUAUUUUAAAUGGUAAAAUAAAAGAUUUACAGAAAAGAGAAUUUGGUGAAAAGGAAGGAUCUAUGGCUUUAACAGCGCAGCAAGUUAAAGAGAUUCUUAGUAAUGAGUUUUUAGAUUCUAAAACACUACAAGGCUUAUUUAAAAAUAAUCAACAAGGAAUUCAAGGUGGAAAUGCACACUGUAUUCAGUUACCACCUGAUUCAUCAGAUAUUCCUGGACCUGUUAGCGAUGUUACCAAAUAUAUUUCCAAACAUCCACUAGAUGUUUCUGAUAAUUUUUAUUUGCAACCAAACCCAAAUUGGCAUGAUACUAAUAUUUGGUAUCUUAAAGCUCAUUGUGGUUUGAAUCGAGUUGGAAAUUUUAUGAGAAAUAUAGGGCAAAAAGUUAAAAUAAAACUUCCGGAUAGUAUCUUAACAAACCAUUCAGGAAGAAAAACUGCAGCCCAAAUACUUCAGGAUGUUGAUAUACCAGAGGAUGCAAUUAUGAAUAUUACAGGACACAAAAGUUCACAAGGAUUACAUGCAUAUAAAACUGUUAAUGAAAGUCAAAAAGUCAUUACAAUGAAAACUUUAAUCAAUACUAUAGAACUGGCAUCAAAUACAAAUAUAAUAAGCCAAGAAUCACCUACAGUACUUACUGAAAUUACUGAAUCUCAGAUUAAUUUCAAUACAAAUACAGUCACUACGCAAGAUAUUAAUAUGGUUCAAGGGCAAAUUCAUAGUGAAUUUCAAAAUUAA